AUGAGCUACGAUAGAAGAAGUGAUAAUAAUCGUGGCUACGGCGGCGGUGGCUACAACAACCGCAAUGGCGGCGGCUAUGGCGGGCGCGGCGGUUCCGGGGGCCGUGGCGGCUACGGCGGCGGCGGCGGCGGCUAUGGCGGCAGUCGCGGCGGGUACGGAUCCAAGCCUCCCUUUGAGCCUAUUGAGCUCACCAAGCCUGAUUGGGACAGCAUGACCCUGCCCGAGUUUGAGAAGAACUUUUACCAAGAGGACCCGGUUGUGACUGCCCGCGACAACAACCACAUUGCUGAGUUCCGCAAGCAGCACGAGAUGACCGUGCGCGGCAAGGACAUCCCCAAGCCCGUGGAGUCCUUCAAGGAGGUCGGCUUCCCCGACUACAUUCUCAAAGAAGUUGAGCAGCAGGGCUUUGAGAAGCCCACCGGUAUUCAGUGCCAGGGCUGGCCCAUGGCUCUGUCUGGUCGGGAUAUGAUUGGUAUCGCCGCUACUGGUUCCGGCAAAACUCUGUCUUACUGCUUGCCGGCUAUUCUGCACAUCAACGCCCAGCCCCCGCUCAAGUACGGCGACGGCCCAAUUGCCCUCGUUCUCGCCCCCACUCGUGAGCUGGCCGUCCAGAUCCAACAGGAGUGCUCCAAGUUUGGCCGCACGUCUCGCAUCCGCAACACCUGUGUGUACGGCGGUGUCCCUCGGGGUGCCCAGAUGCGUGAUCUCGCCCGCGGUGCCGAGAUCGUUAUUGCUACGCCGGGCCGUUUGAUCGAUAUGCUCGAGGCCGGCAAGACCAAUCUCCGUCGUGUGACAUACCUUGUUCUUGAUGAGGCGGAUCGUAUGCUCGACAUGGGCUUUGAGCCCCAAAUUCGCAAAAUCGUCGACCAAAUCCGCCCCGAUCGCCAAACACUCAUGUGGUCUGCUACCUGGCCCAAGGAAGUCCAGCAGCUGACUCGGGACUAUUUGCAUGAUGAGAUCCAAGUCACCAUUGGUUCGCUUGAGCUCUCGGCCUCGCACAAUAUCAAGCAGAUUGUUGAAGUUGUUGACGAAUGGGAAAAGCGCGACAAGAUGCUCAAGAAAAUCCAGGAGGUUAUGGAAGACAAAGAUUCAAAGGUAUUGGUUUUCACCGGCACCAAGCGGGUUGCCGACGAUGUUACCAAGUUCCUUCGUCAAGACGGCUGGCCUGCUCUUGCAAUCCACGGCGACAAAACACAGUCUGAACGUGACUGGGUUCUGAAAGAGUUCAAGACCGGAAAGUCCCCUAUCAUGGUUGCUACCGAUGUCGCCUCUCGUGGUAUCGAUGUAAAGGGUAUCAACUUUGUUAUCAACUACGACUAUCCUUCAAACAGUGAAGACUACGUCCACCGUAUCGGUCGUACGGGUCGUGCUGGCUCCAAGGGUACUGCAUACACUUUGUUCACCAAGGACAACUCAAAGCAGGCCCGCGAUCUUCUUACUGUUCUCACCGAGGCAAAGCAAGAGAUUGAUCCCAAGCUCGCGGAAAUGGGCCGUCCUCGUGGCUAUGGCGGCGGCGGUGGCCGUUUCGGCCGCGGCGGUGGAAACUACCGUGGCGGUUAUCGCGGCUACGGUGGCCGCGGCGGUGGCUAUGGCUCGUAUCGUCGUCCCCAGGCUUCAACUGGAUCCAACACUGCGCCAUUGGGUAACAAGACCCGCUUUUAA